AUGUUACAACUUUUGAAGAAGAUUCAACUAUUGAAAAAGCCUCACAAAAUAACAGUUUCACUUAUCAGAAAUAUUGACAAUAUACUGAUACCUGAAAUUUUAGAAAAAGAACAAGCAGAAGAUGAUAAUGAAUCAAGCAUUUUAGAAAGGGCUGACGAAAAUUUGAAUGAAUAUGACAUGAACAUUGAUAGUAGCUAUCAACCUUCAGAUAUUGAUGAUAUAGAAGAAUUUUCAACUGAAGAGAUUAAUGACAUGUAUAGGUCAUUGUUUGAUAUUAUAGAAGAAGAACCUUUAGAGAAUAGUAAUAUAUUAGAAGAUGAAUUAAAAAGCUUUGAAAGUUUUAAUAGUGAAUACAAUCCAUAUUUUCCAAAUUUUACAUUAACAAUUCUUUUUGUCUGA